CACGAGCUCUGAUAUAUGUCCGUGGUCACAUCGCGUAGUAACUGUUCUGGCUCCCUCGGCUUCCUUCCCUCCCCGAUCCCUCGCCGCCGCUGGUCUUCCUCGCGACGCCAACCCAGGUCCCUCGCGCCUAGGGUUCGCCGAGCCCGUGGCGCCAAGAUAAUGACGGGCCACCGAAACAGUUAUGGAAAGCGACACUCUGAUUAUGCAGAAAAUGGAGGCGGUAAGAGAAGAAAUCCUGCUGACGAUACCUAUGCUCCUGGUCCAGAUGAUACUGCGUAUCGCUACCUCUGCGCCUCUAGAAAAAUUGGGAGUAUAAUUGGCAGGGGUGGAGAGAUUGCAAAGCAGUUGAGGGCCGAGACUCAAGCUAAGAUUAGGAUUGGUGAGAGUGUUCCUGGCUGUGAUGAGCGGGUUAUCACAAUAUUUAGCUCAAGUAGGGAAACUAAUACCAUUGACGAUGCUGAAGAUAAGGUUUGCCCUGCUCAGGAUGCUCUCUUUAGAGUUCAUGAGAGGCUUGCCACUGACGAGGGUCCUGGGAACGAAGACAAUGAAGAAAUGUUACCUCAAGUUACUGUUCGCUUGCUUGUGCCAUCAGAUCAAAUUGGAUGCAUUAUCGGAAAAGGUGGGAAUAUCAUCCAAGGAAUCCGUGGUGACACUGGUGCACAAAUACGUGUGCUUAGUAAUGAUCAUAUCCCUGCAUGCGCCAUUAGUGGCGACGAACUGCUUCAGAUAUCUGGGGAUGCGGUAGUUGUCAGAAAGGCUCUUCGUCAAGUGUCAUCUCGCCUCCAUGAUAACCCAUCUAGGUCACAGCAUCUUCUUGCAUCCAGCUUGACCCAACCUUAUCCAGGGAGCUCCCACCUUGGUAGUUCCUCUACUGCACCGGUUGUAGGGAUUGCUCCUGUAGUUCCUCCUUAUGGUGGAUACAAAGGUGAUGUGGCAGGAGAUUGGCCUUCUAUAUACCAAUCACGCAGGGAUGAGAGCUCUGCAAAGGAAUUUAGUUUGCGUUUACUUUGUGCUGCUGCAAAUGUGGGAGGUGUAAUUGGGAAGGGCGGUGGAAUUAUCAAACAGAUUAGGCAGGAAUCUGGAGCUUUUAUUAAAGUGGAUAGCUCCAAUUCAGGUGCUGAAGAUGACUGCAUAAUUACAGUUUCUGCCAAAGAGUUCUUUGAAGAUCCUGUUUCUCCAACAAUUGAUGCUGCAGUUCGUUUGCAGCCUAGAUGCAGUGAGAAAAGUGAUGCAGAAUCAGGGGAGCAAUCGUACACAUCACGCUUGUUGGUGUCAACAUCACGUAUUGGGUGCCUGAUUGGCAAAGGUGGUUCAAUCAUUACUGAGAUACGAAGAUCAUCAAGAUCAAACAUACGCAUCCUUUCUAAGGAAAAUGUUCCAAAAGUGGCAGCAGAAGAUGAGGAGAUGGUUCAGAUCAGUGGAGACCUUGAUGUUGCAAGGCAUGCCCUUGUGCAAAUAGCUACAAGGCUGAAAGCCAAUUUCUUUGAAAGAGAGGGCGCUUUAUCAGCAUUUCCACCUGUGAUCCCUUACCAUCCUUUGCCUGCUGGUGUUUCGGAUGAACCAAAGUAUCUAAGCAGGGACACUAAGCCUGCUGGACAUGGUUAUUUGUAUUCAAGUGGAUAUCGUGCAUUGGAUGAUAUGAUUCCUGCCAACAGUUAUGCUAACUAUAGCAGCUCCCAGGCCCCUGGAGGAGGAUAUGGGGCUUACAGUGGGUACAGUAGUCGCUCUGGCGCCAGUGGGUUAUCUGGUCAUAGUUCUCUUUCAUAUGGAAAGCGUCAUGGUUAUUAGGAUCUAGAUCGUCGAAUGAAACAGGUAUGGUUCCUCAACCUUGUCUUGACAUGUCAGAGUGAUUAUGUGAUCGCGCCUUGCUCGCCUUAAUCUUUUUUCUGCCUUUUGAACAAAUUUAACCCAGCUCAGCUAUCUUCUGAUGGACCUGUUCUUUUCACCUUUGCCCCCCUGCCCCCUCCCGUACUAUAAACAGCCAAGACAAUGAAGUUUGGAGCCUGCUUAUUGGAGCCCCUUCCCAAACCAGAUGACCAAGAGUAUGGCCGAACCUGGAAGCUUUGCUUAAGAGGACCUGUCUGGAUGCCAUAGACCAUCUAAUUUCCCUCACACACUACAUUUACAUAUAUUUUUCUCCGGGCCUAUGUUUGAAGCCCUGCCAUAAAUGUUCCGAGCCUAUGUAUUGAAAGGUCACAUUUGAGACUGAGUGUAUUUGGUCGUUUGAAACCUGCUUCAGUUUAGUGGUUUGUGUUGAAAUACUUGUCCUAUCUGCCAUCCAAAAGCCAGGAAAAGGUUACUUGAAAAAACUAGGGAGAUGGUACCUUCCUUUCCUUGGAAGAUUUGGGUUACUUCUCACUUUCUCAGCGAUAUGUGAUUGCCAUUUCAAAGUAACACCAGAACCAAAUGCCAUUCUAGGCUUUCUAGCAUCAGAGAUCACAUAUACCAAACUUGUUCCUGUCUGCAAACAUUUCAUGAGAAUUACAGCACUGCAACUUACAAUUUGUAUGAUCCUCAAUGAGCUUGAAAUAUUCUACAGCAUGAAUUCUAGUUUGUUUAAACUAGUUUGUAUGACCUUUUUAAUUGGUUGUAGAUGCACUUAGGUGUGAGUAACUAAUAUCCUAGUUGUAGUUAGCUGGAAGCUUUUGCUUGUGUUGAUUUAGAUCACACUGGCCUUAAAACGCGCUAGUGCUCGUACCAGACCCUUUGACCUGAUGCACAUGUGUCGUUCUGAUCCUUAAAUGGAGUAUUGGUGAUUUCUAAAGUCAUGAUUAUGCACUGCCAUGUCGGAUAAACUGUAUGCCAAAGUUUGCUGAAGUGCAUGGAUGAGGUUGCAGUCCCAAGUUUUGCAGGUUCACCAUUUAUUUUAGGGAUCCCUUUGUUUUACGCAGAAGUUCUUAAGUUUACAGGACCUAUACUCUUAUCAAAGCUUGAGCUCCUGUGUUUGGAGUCUUUUUGUUAUCUUGUUAACCAGGUAGGUGCAGGAACAUACAAAAUAAGCAGCUAUUGCAGAUUUUGUUCUUGGCUGGAAGGAACUACUCCUGGAGUUGCACAUCAUGCCUACCGUUCUGUGAUCAGUAAAAUAGUUCACUUUCAAUCUUGGAAAUGGCCGGUAGCGCCGAAGCGGGACACCUGUUGUAAUUGUUUGUCUUUAAUGUUUUUCCUAGCCCGUAUCUGUAUGUAAUUUCUACCAGUAUUAGAAUAUGAUCAGCAAUGUUAUUUUUAGAAUGUGUUUUGACAUAUCUAGUUUCAUUCAAUUUGAUCACCUGGGCUAUGGUGAGUGCUUGUCAGUUUA